UUCUUAGAGUGUAGGGAGUGUGUUUUCCUUAUAUGAUGUAAAGGACCAUGGGGGACUCAGAUCAGGUGGGAUCUUACAACCUUUUAUACCUGAUAACAUAUGAUUGCAAGAGACAGAGCUAGGAGAGAUGAUCAUGAAUGGCGCCCGGGGAAAAGGACAUUUGGUACAUCUAUUCCUUCUUUUAAAGUAUUUUCAGGAGGACAAGGAAAUCAGGAGACUAAGGAGUAGACUAAUCUUACACAAAUCCAGCAAGAGAUGGCCGUAGGAAGAAAUGUCUAAACUUGAUUUGCUUGAUUAAGAACAGCAACUCCCAGGGUGAAGAAGGGAAGACAUGAUUUCAAUGCAUCCAAGACGGAAGGAGCACAGAGAGCUGAAUUGGAAUCCGGAGGUAAACAAGUCCAUUCUUCGGAAUAAGCACCUUCAAGAUUUGAAGGCAGAUGUGACAUUCGUAGACUUUAAGGAUCCCUCAUGCUAUGGCAGUCUUUCCCACCUAGUUCCGGAGUGUUGUCAUUGUUAUUUUCGACCGCAUGACUUUGGUGGCUUUUUACCUGUGCCUAGGAAUGAAGCAAACUUCCCCUACUGGGUUCCUCGGUCUCUGAGAUCCCAAAAGCCGGUCCACAGAAAAGUCAGAUUCUCUGUCCCAGAAAAUCUCAAGACCUGUACCUGUCCUUGUCACAGUUUUGGGGGCCACCUUCCUGUCCCAAGAGAGUUUGCUCCAUUCCCUUAUUGGGUGCCUCAAUCAAUCAGGCUUCUGGGGAAGAUAAAAAAGAACUCAGCAAGUCCCAUGUGGACCAAAGGCAAUUUCUACGUUGAUAACCAGUUGUAUUACCACUAUAAGCAUUGGCGAGUCUGCUGUGAUGACAUUCAGCUGUCUAAGUGGCAAAAGAUCCAAGCUAUUAUACCUCAACCAAUCACUUCUUGGGCCAUAGUUGAGGAGGAGGAAUGUGUGGUGCCUUUUGUUUCCCCUUGGGUUUUCUUCAGCUGUUUCUAUAAUCUCAUGACAGCUUUGAUCUCAGCCCUUCGUGGGAGAGCCACAAACAACUCUGUGAAAAUCAUAGAGGACAUCGUCCCCGAAAUGAGGUCCCUUGAGGAGAGGAAAGAAGUGAGUGAGACGGAGGAGCUAAAAGAAAUGAGAGCCAAAGAGAAGGAGAAAAGGAAAGAGGAGAGGAUUCGAGUUAUGAGAAUCCUUGCAACAUCCGCUGGAGACUGCAAGAGGGAAGAGGAAGCCAAGAUGGAACAGCUGUUUCAGACAGAUGAUGAGUUUGAACACUAUGACCCGGAGGACAUAAAUGGGACCUUUAUUAGAAGCAAGAAGAAGGCAUCUGGCAUGGACAAUGAAAGGAAGGAAAGUAAGAGAAAAGAGGGUCUUACUUCAGGGAUCCAAGGAGUUGCAUCUGAAUGCCUCCCCCACUUCCAUGGCUGUUGGCGGGUUUGCUCAGAAGGGUCAAGACUAGAUAUGCUGCUGAACCUCCAGUCCCAGUUCCGGGAUGAGGCCUCCAAGAGACCGUACAUGCUCUAUAAGCAGCCUGAUGAGGAGAGGACCCUGCCUGUGUUUGUCCUUGGCAUCGUUCUGGGCUCCAUUCGCUCGGUGGCCUCAGCUAUGCGGUGGGUGGCUCCAGCUUCUCCAGGGAUUCCCCUGCAAGCUCCAGGAGAUGGCCAGUCAUCAUUGGCACUUCCUUUUGUGCCUGAAUUUGGAGUGGGGAAGAAGAGUUUGCUCAGCAAAAGGACCUUGCUUCCUAACUCUGCGAGACAGAUUAGACUUGUUUUACUUGUUACUAGAGAGCAAAGUGAGCAGCAAUGGGUAGGAAUGACAGAUAAUAUAGAUAGAUUAGAAGAUAGACAGAAGACACAGGUAGACAGAAAGGUGGAUAAACAGAAAAAAAAGACACAGGUAGACAAAUCAAUGGAUAGAUGAAUAGAUAGAUAAAUAGAUGAACAUUAAGACAGACAGGAGGAUCGAAAUAUAUGUUCAAAAAGACAAACAGACUGGUAGAGAGAUCGAUAGAUGGAUGAAUAGAUAGAUAAAUAGAUGAACCUGAAGAUAGAUAGACAGAUAGAUAGAUAGACUUAGAUAGACAAAAAAAAAAGCAGACAGAAAGAAAGAGAUAAAUAGGUAAGUGCUUACUCAACAGAUACUAUGCUAAGGGCUAGGGAUAUAAAUAUAAUCAAACAAAUAUUUGUCCUGAAGAAGCUUACAUUCUAACAGCUUACAGAUAGCACACAAAGGGGGAAUUGGUAGAGGGGUGAGGAGGAAGAGUACCCAGAGUACCUGAACAUGGGGAACUAUGCAAGAGGAGAAAAGGGAUGAAGAUUCUGGAGAGAAUCCAGAUGUGAGUGAUCUGAAGCAUAGGUGGAGCCUUUGGAGAGGGAGAAAUAGGGUUUGGUUUAAUAUAAUGGAAAAAAAAAGCUAAUCUUAGGUCUCACUGAGAAAAGAAAAGUAUCUGUAAUAACAGAAUUAUAGUUUAUCUGGGCUCUAUCCUUGUCAAAACCACCUGGACUAGUGUUCAGUCUUAGAAGCCCCAUUUUUGAAAGGAUGUUGACAUUACAGGAAGUCUAGAAGGUAGUCACUAAGUAGGAGAGAUGGAAUGUCAUUGAAGGAAGACUGCAGGAAUGGGGAGGGGGUGUUAGAAGAUCUGGGUUCAAAUUUCACCUCUAUUAUUUACUUCCUGUGAUAUGAGGUCUUUCAGCCAGUGGAUGAAUUUCUUAACCUCUCUGGGCCUUAAUUUCUUUAAUUGUAAAAUGAGGAAAUUGAACUGGAUGACCUCUAAGCCAGGGUAUGGUUGAUGGACUCCAGUGUGCAGAAAUGUGAAGCAGAUGAAAGUUUUGAGUUCUUUCAUUAGAAUGUGAGCUCCCUGACAGCAGAGACUGUUUUGAUUUUUCUUUAUACUCCCAGCACUUAGCUCAGUGCCUGGCACACAGUAGGCACUUAAAAACAAAACUUUAAAAAACCUUUAACCUUCCAUUUUAGAACCACAAUAUUGUGUAUUGGUUCCAAGGUAGAAGAGCAAUAAGAGCUAGGCAUUGGAGGUUAAAUGACUUGCCCAGGGUCACAUAGCUAGGAAGUGUCUGAGGCCAAAUUUGAACCCAAGACUUCCCAUCUCUAUCCCUGACUCUCUAUCCAUUGGGCCACCUAGCCACCUAGCCCCCUCCCCUACCGGCAUUUAAUCUAGUGCCAUUGGAGCAGUGUUGCUUGUCUUAAGCAUCCCUGGUCAUCUUUUUUGAUGUCAGGUAGGGUCAAAGAUAACCUCAUAGUAAUGAAUAUGGGAAGUAGUAUUGAAGUUAGAAAGAGGAAUAGAUUUAGGGGGAAAGAAGAUAAGCUUGAUUUUGGACAUGAUGAAUUUGUGGUGGUGAUGGAGCAUCCAUGUGGAGUUGUCUUGUAGGCCAUUGAGAAUAUGAAUCUGGAGUUCAGAAGGACUCAGAACUCCAAACAUGUAUGGGAAUUGCUUACAUAGUGGUGGUAAUCGAAGCCAUGGGAAUGCGUGAAAUAGCCCAGGAGGAGAUUGCAGAGAGAAUAAAUAAACAAAAGUUAAGUAGGCCCUAAUUUCCUUUGUUGUUGUUUACUCAAAUAGGAGUAUCCUACUCCUUAUGAUCUUAUAUGGAGUUUUCUUGGCAAAAGACUGGAGGGGUUUGCCAUUUCCUUCUCCAGCUCAUUUUACAGACGAGGAAACUGAGGCAAGCUGGGCAAAGUGACUUGCCCAGGGACACAUAGGUAAUAAGCAUCUGAGUUUGGAUUUGAACCCAUGUCUUCCUGACUCCAGAGUUGGCACUCUGUCCACUGCAAUACUUAACUGCCUCCAGGUGGUGUUCCAAAAGUUUGUUUAUAAAUUAAUUGUUCCAUACUUAAAAGACAUUUUUUCCCCAUAGGGCCAAAUGGAUUUCACUGGGGAGCUGGGUCUAUAAUGGGUAGAUAAAGUCUUACAGAAUUGUCUGAGGGUCUGAGAAUGAAUGACUCAGCCAUAGUCACUUUGCUAGUAAAUGUCACUUAAUUCAGGCCUUCCUGAUUCCAAGUAAAAUCUCUUUCUAGUACUUGAAGCUUCGUUCUCUGUCUCUGUCUCUGUCUCUGUCCCUGUCUCUCAGAUAACGCUUUGGAUAAAUGGUGGUUAGGUUCCCAGGUUAAGCUCACAGAAGCUGAUUUAAUUCAAAAUGGAACCCAGAGGCAGUGUGGAUAGGGAGCCAGAUUUAGAGUUGGGACCACCUAGGUUGAAGCUCCUCUGUGUGACCCUGGGAAAGUUACCUAACCAUUUCUACAUCUUCAGACAGAUCUCUUAAGAUGCCUUAUCUGCCUUAUGAAUGGAAGUUUCAGGGGAAAGUCUCUCCCUGCUUCCAGACUUCUCCCUGCUUUUGGAUGCAUGCCUCUUUGUGGAUCUUGUUUGUUUGUUUCGACUUAAUUUCUUUGUAUAAAAAUGUGAUUGAAGAGAUAAAGGUCCCUAGGGUGAUUUGUCUCUGCCUGAUCCCUCUGAAAGGAAGGUCCUGUAAAAUAGGGAAUUUCUUCCCACCCCCCACUGCCCACCCCACAUCCCUCAUCCUUGUUCUAUGGUGUAUGCCUCUUUACCAGCCUUUUUAGUUUAGUUUUUUUUUUUAGCCCUUUCCUCCUCUUCCCUAAUGUGUUCUAGUUUCUACAGGAACAUUUCUAUCUCUAUCACCUCCUUUUAUAGAUGAAGAAACUGAGGCUCAUGGAAAUUGAGAUGUUCUUGAAGUCACAUGAGUGGGCAAGUCACUUAUCUUCUGUCUGCCUUAGUUUCCUCAACUAUAAUAUGAAGGUAAUAAUAGCACCUACCUCCCAGGCUGGUUGUGAGAAUCAAAUGAGAUAGUAAUUGUAAAGUACUUUGUGAAUUGCUUGGCACAUAGUAGGUGCUAUAUAUAAAUGCUAGCAAUGAUGAUGAUGAGGAGGAUGGUACUGGUGAUAGGGAGCCAUUAGAGUUUAUUGGAUGAUGGCAGCAGCAAAAUGGGGUUGCUUAUCUUCAGAAGAUAUACUGUACCUGGGUUCAGUAGUAGUGAAUAGUUAGGUGGGAUCAAUGCUGCUGUACAGACAUUAAGAAUGCUGAUCUUGGGAAAUGUUCACUGAGUAAUAUGUAGCAGAGAUGAUGAAUGCAUAGCUGGGUAAGACAGCAAAGUAUGUUAUUUUUAUUUUUUAUUUUAAAAAAGUCCUUACCUUUCAGCUUAGAAUCAAUACUGUGUAUUGGUUCCAAGACAGAAGAACGGUAAGGGUUAGGCAGAUGCAAUUAAAUGACUUGCCCAAGGUUGAUAGGAAGUGUCUGAGGCCAGAUUUCAAGUCAGGGUGUCCAAUCUCUAGGGUUGAUUCUCAAUUCACUGAGCCACCUAGCUGUCCCCUGUUAGCUUUGUUUUAAUGAUCCAGUGCCUGCUGCACGUUCCCUCUGUGUCUUUUCCAUAUGGUCCUGACUUCUAACUCUUUGGGAGGGACAUUUGGGAAUCCUUUGAUGUUGAAGUAUUCCCUGGCUAGUGAAUGGACAAAUUCCCAGAUCUGGGCCUAUGGUUGAGUCCUGUGCUGCUCUGACAAGAGAACAUCAAAGGAGGGAAAGAUCUGAGUGAUACCUGUGUCUUGGAUUCAUUUUAUUGUUCUGUGCCUGACACUUUCUGAUUGAGCUCAAUUCCCCCAACCCUAGACAAAAGGGAUCAUGGUUGUGGGUGGUGACUUUGAUGAAACCGUGAACUUGUAUCUUGUACUAAAAUUUCCAGACCAUUAAUUGUCUCUUGCAAUGACCCCAUCUUGUCUUUCUUAUAGCAAUAAUCAUGAGACAGCACAGUCAGGUAAAUCAUAGAAAUUUCAAGUUGGGGAUCUCACUUAUUAAGAUGUCUCAGAUUCCUAAUAAGUCUAGAGAAAAGAGAUUAGACAAAGGGCUAUGGUUUUGGAGAGGAAAGGGGUGUAGUUGCCAUUGCUUCCUGAACCUGAGGGAAUUCAGUAGGAAUGACUUACUUAAAUUUAACUAAAUAAAAAUAUCGGGAAUGUACAAAGUAGAAUGCCAAAGACACAAUUUGACAU